AUGAAGAUCAAACUGCCGCGCGAUCGUUUCCCGUCGACGUCAUCGACGGACGACAAUGAGAGCGGCACGGACUGGGAUGCCGAGGGCCGCCACAACGCCUUGACACAACCCAGACACCCGCCGCCACCACAGGUCAGGGAUCACCAGCUCUACAUGACGCACAGACGCCCUAAUGAGCCUGGAACUAAUUGGGAUCCGGAGGGACGGCAUCCUGUUAUGGCACAUCCCAGACAUCCACCACCGCCACCACAUGCUCAGACAGUGAUCGUGGGCUCAGUACGUAAGCGACGUGGCAACUUACCGAAGCACUCUGUAAAGAUUCUGAAGAGAUGGUUGUAUGACCAUCGCUAUAACGCAUAUCCUAGUGAUGCAGAGAAAUUGGCGCUCAGUCAAGAAGCAAAUCUUACUGUGUUGCAGGUAUGCAAUUGGUUCAUAAAUGCUCGUCGGCGAAUCCUCCCCGAGAUGAUUAGGCGCGAGGGUCACGAUCCUCUCCACUACACUAUAUCCCGAAGGGGUAGGAAACAACCUGGUGCCAUGGCUGGAGUGGGACCUAUGGUUGGUCUGGGAGGAGCAUCCACAUCGGGUCUGGGAGUUGCACCAGAUAGUGUCACAGUGACAGCGUGGGAUGGUAUUGUUGUUGAGAAUGGUGUGGAUAGUCGAGCUCAUGACUACGGAGAUGGUUUACUAGUCUACCGAAGUGACGGUGAUGAGCUAGGAGACGGAGAAGAGGGCUAUUCAAGCACCAUUAGCGAAGAGGAGGUCAAAUAUGACCCUUCAGUGUGGCAAUCCGUUAUACGAUACGGGCCUGAGGACCACGAUUUACACCCGGCUGCUAGAGACAGCACAGCUUCAGUAGUGACUGUCACUACGACUGAGGACAUGGCCGACCAGCCUCCAGAAGCAGUAUCAAGUAGCGAAGAGUGGCAGGCGCUCAGCCACCCUCAGCUAGCGCACCUGCCGCAACUGCCACAUCCGCUGCGCCGGCGCAUGCAGGUGAGCCCGCCUCGACAGCCACCGCCGCCGCCCCCCGUCGCUGUGGAACUCGAAGUGGCCACCACUGACAUGUGGUGCCAUACUUAG